CUUCCGGAAAGGGGAAGAGCUGAACUUCCUUGUGCCUUCUCGACAUUAAAAGAGGUGACCCGGGUAGUGGAGAUGAUUCACCCCAAGCUGGCGAAGCAGAGGGCGCGAAACUCCCCUGCUCUGUGUGGGCAAAGGUGAGCAGCCCCUCCCUGGGAAGCUGGGCGUGAGUAGAGUGGCGUAUGCUCAUCCCGCGCUGGCCUGCGGGGGCAGAGCGGGAACUUGCGUCCCAAGUGAGUGACGUGGGCAGGAGCUUCUCUUCGCCAUUAUAAGAUUGUUGGGGAACAGUGGAGCUCCCCCUCUCCAAAAAAAUUCCGGACUUCGUGGCAACAUGAGCCCAACCAUCUCUUACAAGGACAGCAGCCGGCAGCGCCGGCCUGGCAGCUACCACCAGUCCAUGAACAUGGAGAUCAAGCCUCCACCACCAGCUCUGUACGUGGAUAAUCACGCUGAGAGCCCAGGAGAAGAUAACACAGAGGCACUGCUCAGGGAUUUAACUCACCACCUACAUGGUACCCUCGGUUAUCGGGCAGAACUGGGUAGAUUCCUGCUCCUCCUUUUUCUGUAUGUAUUACAGGGUAUCCCUGGGCUGGCAGGCAGCAUCCCGCUCAUCUUGCAGAGCAAGAAUGUCAGCUAUAAGGACCAGGCUUUUUUCAGCUUUGUCUUUUGGCCUUUCAGUCUCAAGCUGCUCUGGGCCCUGGUGGAUGCGGUCUACUUCAAGAGUUUUGGCCGCCGCAAGUCCUGGCUUGUGCCCACUCAGUACAUCCUGGGGUUUUUUAUGAUGUACCUGUCCACACAGGUAGACUUCCUCUUAGGCGAUGUGGAGGGCAAGAGUCCUGAUGUGGUGGCCCUCACUGUGACUUUCUUUUUGUUUGAGUUCCUGGCUGCCACGCAGGACAUUGCUGUGGAUGGCUGGGCCCUGACUAUGUUGUCCCGGGAAAAUGUGGGCUAUGCUUCCACUUGUAACUCUGUUGGCCAAACAGCUGGUUAUUUCUUGGGAAAUGUCUUGUUCUUGGCCCUUGAAUCUCCCUCCUUCUGUAACAAAUAUUUGCGGUUCCAACCUCAACCCAAAGGAAUUGUUACCCUUUCAGAUUUCCUAUUUUUCUGGGGAGCUGUCUUCUUAAUAACUACUAUAGUUGCCCCUCUUGAAAAGGAAAACAAGAAAGUAACACCAUCAAAAGAAGAAACAGAAGACAUUACUGAUACAUACAAACUGCUCUUCUCGAUAGUAAGAAUGCCAGCAGUUCUUACUUUCUGUAUCCUGAUUUUAACAGCAAAAGUUGGCUUCUCAGCAGCGGAUGCAGUAACAGGACUUAAAUUGGUGGAAGAAGGAGUACCUAAAGAACACUUAGCUCUACUAGCUGUUCCAAUAGUACCUUUACAGAUAAUAUUGCCUCUGAUCAUCAGCAAAUACACAGCAGGUCCACAGCCACUGAACACGUUUUACAAAGCCAUGCCUUUUAGGUUACUGAUAGGCUUGGAAUUUGCUCUUUUGGUUUGGUGGACUCCUAAAGUACAACAUGAAGGAGGAUUUCCUAUUUAUUACUAUAUUGUGGUGUUGCUAAGUUAUGCUUUACAUCAGAUUACGUUGUACAGCAUGUAUGUUGCUAUAAUGGCUUUCAAUGCCAAAGUUAGUGAUCCAUUGAUUGGAGGAACAUAUAUGACACUUCUAAACACUGUGUCGAAUCUGGGAGGAAACUGGCCUGCUACAGUAGCUCUUUGGCUUGUUGAUCCACUUACAGUGAAAGAGUGUAUAGGCGCACAGGAACAGAAUUGUGGAACUACAGCUGCUGCAGAACAUUGUACAAAACUUGGUGGUUCUUGUGUUACGAUGCUGGAUGGUUAUUAUGUAGAAUCCAUAAUCUGCGUUGCUCUGGGAUUUGUCUGGUGGUUCCUCCUUGGGCCAAAACUUAAAAAGCUGCAAGAUGAAGGACAAUCUUCAUGGAAAUGCAAGAGGACCAACUGAUGUAAUUUUAAAUACUGGAUGGAACUAGCAAAUUGUUAGAGCUUAGUUUUAGUGCAGAGACACUUCAUACUCAUUAAACAGGAGUAUACAUAUUUUUAAAAUGCCAAAUGGUUGGGAAAACUAAGACCACUAAAAGUAGCAUUUGUGUAUGCAAUACCAUUUGCUCUAUAUGAAAAUAUAGUUAAGGUCAGAAAAGUAAUUCUCAAAAAUGGCAAGUUUGUACUACAUGUUUAUGUCCUCUAGCUUCUGAGUCAUGGCUGCCUUUAUCUGUUUAGACAAGCAACACUUAAAUUGUAGUGCAGUAGCUAUAGAAGAGCAAACUGUUCCACACAUAUAUAUCUCAAAAUCAGCAUUUUCAGCAAAGUUCUGUGUUAGCUUUUUUUUUUUUUUUUUUUUUUUUUUUUUUUAAUAAAGGAAGAGAAGCAGAAACAAUUUUGGCUUGAUCAAUUAACAAGUUGGCCUUGGCAGUGCUGUCAUUUAAAAGAAUAUUUAAUUUUGUAAACUAAGCAUAUAUAAACUAGCAGUGAUUGAGGAAGAAUAAAUGUAGAACACACAUGUCAUUUUCUUAUCACUUUCCUGACCACAACCACACUUCAGUGGAUGAAACUGUGUUUAAAAGCCUUUUUUAAAUGUAUUUUCUGGCUUUUAUAAGCUUUAAAGAUUUAUAAGAAACAUAAAAUUUUUUUAUAGAUUUGAAAGUUAUGCCUUUUAAUUUAUUGUCUUCUCUUGUUUCAAGGCACUUUGUUUCAAAAAGUAAAUCAACUGGUUUUUUUUUUUUUUUUCCUUUUCAGUAAAACUAGUAUGAGGUGGGAUUUAUGUGAUGAGUGCCGCACAAUUCCCUUAGAAAGCCUUGAGUGUUGAAGGGUCAGAUCGAGUGUUGAAGCUUUUGUGUGUUAAAGACUAAGCUUCAAAAUAAUAGAAGCUAGUUUAAUCCUUACUGGGUUCUGUUUGCAUUUGUGAGGGAAAAAUAUGACUAGCUGCGUAGCUCCUGUAUUACGAGAGAAUUGGAAUAUACAGAUUAGAAAAUGAGUGAAAAGUCAUAAACCUUUAUGUAUAGCCCAAAGAGAAGGGUGAACAAAAGACAUUCAGUGCCUUUGAAAGAUGUAAUGUGUGUGUGGUGAUAAAAUUGCUCAUUACAGCACAUUAAUCAGUUAAGAAAUAGGUUGUAACUAACCGUACCAAGCAAGAUAUGUUGCAUCAUCUACAACAAUUCCUUCAAAAACUCAUAAACUGGUACUUUCUAAUUGAGAUUUGCUUGCUGCAUUCAGUAUCAAAUGAAUCAGCUUCUUGAGUGCCUUAGUGACGCACAGCGUGCUGUAUAUCCAAUGAAAAGGCACUUAUGUAUUUUGUUGGAUGUAUGUUCUACAUCAUUACUUCAAUGAAUGAUAUUAAAAAUACCUUUUAAAGGUAUGACAGGUAGGUUAAUAUCAGAUUCCUUAUAAUACACAAUUAAAUAUCGGAUAUUCCACCUGUCUUAUGUGCUUUUAAUAUUUUUAAAGGAAACCACUUUUUUGCUGAAAUAUAAAUUAACAUUAAUUCUUGAUUCUAAUUGAAUUACGAGUAAACAUAAUGGUAGGGUUUUUAUUCAGGUCUGGGGAGUAAAAGAUUAUUGGUAACAGUUGGGAGGGAAGGUUUGUUUGUUUCAGUACUAAAGAUUGCUCCCCUACCUCCUCUUACUCUCCUUGUCACCCCCACCCAAAAUAAAAAAAUAAGCUUGCAUUCGGCUGGAUGUUGUCAGAGAACACAGAAGUGCAGAAUUGAGACCUAGCUGGAGUUAUGAACUCCAGUUCCCUCUUGCUGCAGUGUGUUGGUCCAGUUAGCAAUAGCACAUUAUCCGUAUCUUAAUUCUCUUAAAAUAACUGAUUAAGAAAUCAAGCCAACUUACUUGAAUAUAAAAGCACAGCUCUUGCAUGAAAUAUUUUCAUUUUCCAAAAUCUUUAAGAUGAAGCUUAAAUUAUUUGCAUUAAUUUCAAUCCAUUGCUGUCUGCUGGAUAAGUGCAAACAGAACAUACUGCCAGGUUUAGUAGCAUAGGAAAGCAGUUGUCAGUUUUCAGCCAUAACCAAAAGUCUUGUAAUGGCUUGAAUGUGUCUUUUACUUUUUGCCUGCUUUUACAAAAACUUAUGGACUGCAGAAUAUAUACAACUAAAUGCAGAAAUUUUUACAGUUGGCCCUCCUUUUGCAAUUCUGUAUUACUGAUUCUACAUGUGCCAAGGUGAUUCUUAUUAAUAAAAUAUUUUGUAUUUGAAGUAGCUUAAUCAUCAGAGCACCUUUUUUUCAAUUUCUAAAUAAAACCUAAAACCAAAAUCAAUAGUAAAACAAAGUAAUGUAUUUGAAAUGUACUUUCUUUAGGUAAAAGACACAGUUUAAUAACUACUUGCAAUGUCUGGUCUGUCAAAUGAAGGACUAUCUUGUGCUGUGUUUUAACAUUGCUUAAAUUGGAAAUGCUGCAGUUAUGAUAUUUGAGUGGCAGAUUGCUAAAUGAUCCUGUUAACAGUACAUGUUUUCUCUCAUAUAAAGAGGAAUAAAUUGUUGUUUUGAAGGGGAGGAAUUAACAUCUAAAAAAAUAACACCAGAUCAGAGAUGCUAAAAACAGUAGCUACAUUUUAUUAAGAUCUAGAUGUGCACAGACUUCAACUGGAAUGAUAACUUAUUAUUUAAUAUUUAAAUGGAAAAUUGGGGAAAGUGAAACACAUUCUAGGUACUAUUAUGUGGAAACAUUGCAUAAUGUAAAUGGGUAAAUAUAUUGUCUCUUAGUCAAUAGAUGUUUUAUGGCACCAAGUAAAUAAACUUUUUUCCACAGCACGCCUAGGGAGCAGAAUAACUAGUGAUCUUUGUACACAGGCACAUCUAGCUCAUUAGUCUGAAUCUAGUUCUGGAUUGCAGUGAUCAAAAGUCAUUAUCAUUUAUCAUCUAUAAUAAGGAUCUCAGCCAAAUAAGUUGGUGUUCUCAGACCCUUUCGUAGUAGGUAGGUGGUCUUGUCAUAAAUGUCAAGCACUCUUGUUUGGCAGUCACAGCAAAGAGCUGAAGGAUUGAUGGGCCAUGUAAACUGAAGUUACCUGCUUUGUUUCUAGAUCUCUCCAGAACAGAGUUGAGGUGCAUUGGCUGGGCAGUGUGGGAAUGUUCUUGCAUUCAUUUUGUAAAUUUUUUUU